AGAUGAUUCCGCUCAGGCGCGUCUUCUGAGGACCUGGAGCUCCCGCCUGCAGCCAGACGUUUUCCUGGCGCGCGGUCCCGGUCCCGGUCCCGGGGCAGCUCCUCCUGCGGUGCGGAGCCUGUGGGGAUUUUUUUCAGCGGACUGUAGAGGGGAAGCGUCCAGAGCUGGGUCGAGGUUUGCACUUCCAGCAGGGUCGACGGCUUCCUCCUUCCUGGAUCUGGGCAGCAGCGGAGCCCGAGGAGCGCCUGGAUCAGAUUAAUGAGGCGGAAACAAACUUUCGGAGAUGUGACCCGCUCCAAAACUUUCUGUUAUUUUUGCCUAAAGGACUUCAUUCAUUUUAUUGUGUCUGUUCAGCUCCAGGUUGGAAUGUUUGUUUAACAGCGAUGAUCUUUUCUCCCGAUCUCCUGUUAUUAUACUGGAAAACGGAUGUGCUGCUGAGAUGAAGUUGUGGAUAUAACUUGUUGUUUUUACGCAUAUAAAAAAACUCUUCCAAAAUAAAGAAGGCAGCCAGAGAGGAGGAUUUCCUCUGAGGUGGAUCGUUGGCAUGCUGUUAUGUGCCGAUUCUGAGCGCUCUGCUUUGUCCGGAGUUAAUUGAUCAACGACGCCAAAUGCGCUGAAGACGCGCGUCGGGACCGAGGCUCCGCCGCUGGAUCUGAAACCUUCUCCGCCAAACUUUGCUCCGACAAGCCGCCAGAAUGAAGGUUUUCCAUGUGUGUUUGGCUCUGGUUUACCUGCUGAGCUGGACCGAAGCGGACAGGCAGACUCACCUGAAGCGGAUCCAGGCGCACCGACGCGCAAAGCUGGCGCGCGUCACGGACAAAGAGCGCCUCGUCGGACGUUUGCGCCCCGGAUUCAGCUCGGCCAUCUCGGUGCACGGCUCCAGGAGAGCGGGACAUGUGCAGGCCGACGAGGCGGGGGCCGGGAGAGCCGCCGGCGGGGGUCUGCUGCCCAGGAGGGGGGCGGUGGGGCAGAUCGGCCUGCCCCGUCACCACGGCAUGCAGCAGGAUGAGGGCUUGCCAGGCGCCAGAGCCAGGGUGGCCCGCAUGCCCAGCAGCGCGGGGUCGCCCAACCUGCUGGCCAGCUUCGCGGGGAAGAACCGGGUCCUGGUGAUCUCGGCCCCUCACGACUCCGACGGCUACUACAGACUCAUGAUGUCUCUCCUGAAGCCAGACGUGUACUGCGAGCUGGCGGAGAGGCACGUCCACCAGAUCGUCAUGUUCCACCAGGAGGGAGAGAUGGGGGGCAAGGUGAGGAGGAUCACCACCGAGGGCAAGGUGAUGGAGGAGCCGCUGGACACCGCCCUCAUCCCCAGACUCAUGAGCUUCCUCAAGCUGGAGAAAGGGAAGUUCGGGAUGGUUCUGCUGAAGAAGACCCUGCAGGUGGAGGAGCGGUACCCCUACCCCGUCCGGCUGGAGGCCAUGUAUGAGGUCAUUGACCAGUCCCCCAUGAGGAAGCUGGAGAAGAUCCGGCAGAAGGGCUUCGUCCAGAAGUGUAAAGGAGCCGGGGUGGAGGGUCAGGUGGAGGAGGGCACCUUCUCAGCUCCUGACACACCCGUCGAGAGGAAACCGGGAAAGAAGAUCCUCAGGAAACCUCCUCAGGCCUCCACCACAGCCGCCACCACCACCACAACCACCAGACGACCGACCACCACCACCACCACCACUACUCGACCUACAACCACCACCACCACCACAACCAGAGCAACAACCACCACAACCAGAGCAACAACCACCACCACCAAACCGACAACCACCACCAGAAGAACAACAACCACCACCACCAAAAGACCCACCACCACCACCACCACCACCCAGAGACCAACCAAAGCCCCCACCACGGCGCUGUGGUUCCCCGCCCCGAGAACCACCGUCGACCCCUACUACUACAACCGCCGAGAGAGGGAGAGGCAUCCGGCUAAAACCACGCCGUCCGGAGACAACCGCACCGACGGCAGAGAUCCACUCGGCCGGAAGCUGCUGCCGAGCACGCUGAAGCCCCCCAAGGCCAAACCCCCCAAGAGGAAGAACGGGGGAGAGAAGGUGAUGACCAACGAGUACGAGGACAGGUACGAGCCCGGCAACCCAACGGCCGGCGACCCCGAAGAGGCGGAGACCUUCACCGACGUCAAUCCCACCAAGAGGGCGAAGGGCAAACAGGACAAGAAGAAGAAGAAGAACGAGAAGGCUGCCAAGAAAGCGGAGAGGAGGGGCGGCAAAGAGGGCAAGAUCGGGGGCAAGAAGAACGGGAAGAAGCUCCCCAAGUACCCCGAGAAAGAGGACUACCCCAAGCCCACCAAGAGACCCACGCCCCCCCCGAAGAGCUCUCUGGCCUCCUUCCUGGACUACUUUGAGAACAGGAGGCGGCUGCUGCUGAUCACGUCCCCCAGUGAGGACAACAGCAUGUACGUCCAGCAGAGAGACGAGUACCUGGAGUCCGUGUGUGAGAUGGCCAUCAGGAAGGUCUCCAUCAUCACCGUCUUCGGCUCCCUCACCAACUCCACCAUGAAGAUCGAUCACUACCAGAUCGAGAACGACAAGCCCAUGAAGGGCCUUCGCCAGGAGGACCUGGUGAACCAGGAGCUGAUCACCGAGCUGAGGAAGGAGUUCAGCAUGACGUUUGACGACUUCUACAUGGUUCUCACCGACACUGACAUGAGAGUCAAGCAAUCCUACGAGGUUCCCAUCGCCAUGAAGGCAGUGUUCGACUACAUCGACACCUUCUCCUCUCGGAUCCGAGAGAUGGAGCAGCAGAAGAGGGACGGCGUGGUUUGUAAGAAGGAGGACAAGCCCCGAUCGCUGGAGAACUUCCUGUCCAGGUUCCGCUGGAGACGCCGUCUGUUCAUCAUCUCCGCCCCCAACGACGAGGAGUGGGCGUACCAGCAGCAGCUCUACGCUCUGACCAGCCAGGCCUGCAAUCUGGGUCUGAGGCACAUCGCCGUUCUGAAGCUGGUCGGCACGGAGGCGCCGGAUAUGGGCGGAGUCCUGGAGCUGUACCCGAUCAACGGGACGGCCACCGUGGAGCGGGAGGGCCUGUCGGGCACGCUGGUCAAGGACAUGAGGAACUACUUCCAGAUCAGCCCCGAGUACUUCUCCAUGCUGCUGGUGGGGAAGGACGGCAACGUCAAGUCGUGGUACCCGUCGCCCAUGUGGUCCAUGGCCAUCAUCUACGACCUGGUGGACUCCAUGCAGCUGCGCCGCCAGGAGAUGGCCAUCCAGCAGUCGCUGGGCAUGCGCUGCCCCGAAGACGAGUACGGCGGCUACGGCUACCACCAGCACGGGUACGAGCACGGCUACCAGGACGGCUACCACCAGGGGUACGGCUACUAGCGCCCGUCUCCCGCCCCGCCCUCCGCCGGGAAGCCGCGGAGCUUCCUGAAUGUUCCGUAGCACUUAGGGGAAGCGUCAGACCUGCCUCCACCCCUUGGGUUCCUCUCGGCGGGUGGCGUGGGAUGCUGCGUGCGGCGGCGGUCAGUCGGUGGCGGUGUAGAGCAGCCUGGACGGGGGACAUGCGGCUGAGUUUUCCUUUCGUGCGUGACCUGUCCUCUUCACUCGCGCCUCCAGCACAGACCUGCACGUUGUAGAUAACUGGCUAAAACAAGACAUGUAUUUAUUGGACAUCUGCGGCGCACUUCCAGAUUAUUCCGUGACCAGCAGCUGUCACAGUAUUUCUCUUUUGUAAAGUUUCUGUUGCUAUAAAAUGUUCUUAUUUAUACUCAAUGUGCUACAUGACGAAUAAACAUGUCUUUAACUACAAUGGACUGCC